AGCCGUAGUCAGCCAUUUUGGCUCAGGCCACUGUGGUUGGAGCAGGCACGGACCCAGCCGGUGCAGCCGGUGCCGCUCGCCACCGCGGCCUGGGACGCGCCGCCGCGCCGCGGGGCGCCAUGGGGUGCACUCCGAGUGCCCCCGCCAACUCGGGGCGCGCAAUCGAGCAGGAGGUUCUGCAAGGCAGGCACGUGCGGUCUCCAGCGGGCGCUCCCGGGCGCGAGCUGCCCGAGCAGUUCACCAUCCGGCUGCACAAAGGGGCCGGCGAAGCGCUCGGCGUGAGCCUCGGGAUCUUGCCGACGGGCGCGGUGUUGUACUGCCUCGAGGAGGGCUACGUCCUCGACAAGUGGAACAAGGAGAACCCCGACGCGGCCGUGCGGCCCGGGUUCGUCAUCGAGCAGGUGAAUGGGGUGAGCGGGUACUGGCCCUUGAUGGAGGAGAUGCGCCGCGAGGGGCCCCUUGAAGCGAGGGUCUCCACAGUGCCCCCGCAGUCGGCGGGCCCCAACUGGCUCGAGGACAUCGCGACCAUGGGGAGGAAUAUCGAGCUGUCCAACGACAAGAGUCCAUUCAUGGUCCGGCUGUCAGCGGAGGCCUCGCAGAACGAGAAGGCGCUCACAUCUUUCCCCAGCGUGGUCGCAUGCGCGGCUGGGCUCGACAAGUGCGCGAUCUGCCUCGAGGACUUCGACCCCAACGACAUGCUGACAGAGCUUCCCAAGCUGCUGCUCUACCCCAAGCUGCCGACAACCAAUUUGCUCUACCCCAAGCUGCCGACAACCAAUUUGCUUGCAAAAAAACUGUCGCCGUCAUUCAUGCUGUAUCCGCUUGGCUUGCCGACGGUGCCGAUCGUGGUGCAGAGAUGGACCUGUCCAAAGCUUACGACUCUAUAGACCAUGGUGUUGCGGCUGCUGCUCUUGAGCGGGAGAAUGCCCCCGACGCCGUCGCGUACUGCUGCCUUGCCGCCUGGGGAGGGCCCCGUGUGUGCUGUGUCAAUGGUGAA